AUGCCCUAUGCAGCCGAAUGCGAAACGAGAAAAAUCGGAUCGAAUUGUCGAUUCCAUAAGGAUAGAGGACAUACUAUCGAGGAAUGUGCACAACUCAAAGUAGCCAUUGAGAGAUUGAUCAACCAGGGCCACUUAGGCGAGUACAUCGAUAAGCCUCGAAACAAGCGUCGUGAUGAACUCCCACGCCGAGAUAACAAUCGAGAUCAACCACAGCGACGAGAGGAGGGAGUUCAUCGGCGAGAACAAGAUAACAAUGAUAAUCAACCCAUCCGGGGAGUCAUUGCCUUUAUCUCUGGAGGACCGGCGGGUGGCGACUCACAAAAUGCAAGACGCUCCCUCGCUCGGUCAGCACGUAUGAAUCAAGAGCACGCCUCUCCAUCCGCAUCUAUCUAUCAGAUACGAAGACCUGAUCAUAGCAUAGUAUUCAACUCUUCGGACCUUGAAGGUCCAGAUGAAAAUCAUGUCGAUCCAUUGGUAAUCACAGCGUCGAUGGCCAACUUCUUGGUUAAGAAGAUAUUAGUGGACGGGGGAAGCUCAGCCGACAUCACGUACCUCCACGCUUUCAAGCAGCUGGGCAUAGAUAAUGCCCGGCUUAGCCCCAUCUCCACGCCCCUAAAAGGGUUCAUGGGAGAGGGCGUUUUUUCCAUGGGAGAAGUGUAG